GAAGCACUAAUGGACAUAUUGUGUCUCUUAUGCUUAGCAAAGCUGCAUUUAUUUGAUCCAAAAGACCUUUUUCUCCUUCGGCUGCUCUCGUUAGGGGUUGCCACUGCAGAAUUAUCCACACAAAUGUAACUAAUUUCUAAUUUAAUAUAUUUUAAAAUGUUAUUUAUUCCUGUGUCCAGCAUUGAACCUGGAAAACUUAAAAAAAAAAUAAAAAAAAUAAUUAACCUCCACAGGAACAAAGUCUUCAUAACAUUGCGGAUUAUAUUUCAUGUUAUGCACAACCUGUCAAAACAGGGGAAAGGCCUUUUUACUUGCUCAGAAUAAGCUUUAAUAUCUCAUGUCAGUUGUUCAUACAAUUUACAGUAAGACACUCAAAUUACUGUUCCAUAAGGCAACAUUUGAUUAUCGGAUGUAGUAAAACAGGUUAUAUUUUAAUACAUAUUUAUCAUUUACACAACAGUAGCAGUUAACUUGAGUUGGGAAAGAACAUUCUGUCCUUUUAUUAGAAAUGAGUGAUUGAUAUGAGAUCCUUCCCACAGGUUGUCUUGUAGUUUUCUGCUUCAGGGCUUUUGAAAGCAUAGACACUCCAUAAUUAAAUGUAACCUUUCCAUACCUGUUGUGUCAUGUGACUGGAGUCACAUCGCCUAUAUUUUUCUCUCUCUCACCCUAAUUCAAGGACUUUUAACUAACUAAACCAGGCAUUGUGAGCUCAGUUCUGCUUUGAGCAAAACGAACAGGUUUCCUUGCAUAACCACCAUCUUGUAUUCUCUUCCCUCCUACUAGUUUCAGGUGUGAAGAAGUGAGUCAUUCCAUAUCAAACACCUGCAGUAUAAAUUAGUUAACCUCACUACGUACCGGACGAGACCCCCAUUCAUCUGCAUACAUUCAGCUGGAAUCAUUUGACGCGGAAAAAACACGAUGCUCUCGAUCUCCCGAUCCUGCCUCAGAGGAAUCUACAGCUGUCAUUGGAACAGUCAAAAUAGAAGACCAAACAGGGCUUGCUGCUGGCUCUCCUUUCUGUCUUUUGUGUCCAUACUUGCCCUGAUUUGGAUGUACGUUUGUUUAAUUGCCUUCAACGACCACAAUGAUGUAAACGGGCAUGCCUUCAAAACAUUAAAAAAAUGGGUGAACUGGUACAUGAUAGUGAUGGUCGUUUCUGCCGUGCUGGCCACAUACUGCCUCCUUCUACUGGUAUUUGGAUUGCUACACUUAGCAGUCAGAGAGCCCUUGGAUUUACACUGGCUGCAUAAGGUGUUUCUGUUUUUGGGUCUGCUCACUGUUACUUUAGGCACAGCUGGAUUUUGUAAAGAAUGGAUAGAGGAGUGGCAAGCUGUCUAUAUGUCAUUUCAGGCCACUGCUCCUUUCCUGCAGCUGGGUGCUGUGGUGGCUUUGACCUUGAUCAGUUGGCUGGUGUUCCAGAGUUAUCAUACAGCUCAAACAGCUGCUAGUAAGGUUUUUAUAAUGCUGACCUUCCUGGUAGUGUCUGCUGCUGUGUUCCUGUGUCCUCUUGCAAUCUGCUCUCCAUGCAUUGCCAAUAAUCUUCCCCCAAAACCUGCCCUCGUCGGACAUCGCGGUGCUCCAAUGCUGGCACCAGAAAACACCAUGUUGUCAUUCAGGAAGAGUAUGGAGUGUGGCGUUGUGGCAUUUGAAACAGAUGUGCAACUCAGUAAGGACAUGAAGCCUUUUCUUAUGCAUGACAAUGGUCCAAGUUUUCUGCUACGAACAACGGAUGUGAAGGAGAAAUUUCUAGGUCGAGAUGCCGACAUGCACGCUAACUUCACUUUGCAAGAGUUACAGACUUUAAAUGCAGGCGAAUGGUUUGUAAGGACAGAUCCAUUUCAGUCAGUUUCAUCGCUCUCAAAGGAAGAGAAGAGGGAGGCUAACAACCAGACUGUACCGUCUCUUUCGGAGCUCUUAGUCAUGGCCAAAAAGCAUAAUGUCUCUCUCAUAUUUGACCUAAAAAAUGAGAAAAACUCGACAGGAUUCCACAACAGCGACUCCUACUACACCGCUGAAACGAUAGAAAAAUCAGGCAUCUCACCGGACAAGAUAUGGUGGCUUCCUCCAGAAUAUAGACACGAUGUAAGAAAAGUUACACCAGGCUUAAAGCAGGUGUAUAAUAAUGUACAAGAAAUGUAUGCGGAUGGUGGAAGCUUCCUGAACAUGAAAUAUAGUUUUCUAAGCACACAUGAAAUAAGUGAGUUGCGGAAAAAUAAUGUGUCCGUGAAUCUGUGGGUUGUGAAUGAGCGCUGGCUCUUCUCAUUACUGUGGUGCUCCGGGGCCAGUUCAGUGACCACCAAUGCUUGUCACAUCCUCAAAAGCAUGUCUAAGCCUGACUGGCAUCUGGAGCCUAAUAUGUACAUGGGAAUAUGGAUCUCGGCUGACGUGAUAUCAUUGCUGUUGAUGUUUGGCCUGUUUCUUUGGCAAAGGAGGAGGAACCAUGUUUUUCAUCAAAAUACAAGCGAGAGAAGUGUCCCCCUGCUUCCUCGCUGAAUAAUGCCAUCUUUAUCAUGAGAGGACAUAUCCUUGUUUCACUUUUUGAAGGACUGUAUGUGGGCAUCAUAAGAAAAUCACGUCAUAUAAAAUGUGUCAUGCAGUAAAUUCACAUUUGUGCUUUUGCUGUAGAAUGCAUAUACAAGACAUUGUUUGAUAUGAGAAUUUAUAUAUUUGAUGAAAUUUCCUCAUUAGGGCAGCAUGUUGUGUGCCACCCCUUUACAUGCAGUGCUACCACCCUUGACAAAGCUAUGUCAUUUCAGCCAUUUGUUUGAGCCAACUUUUCAUUUAAAUGACAAUACUUUUUACAGGGGUUGUUUACUUAUGUGACACUUUGCAAGACAUUUUUGUAAGAAAGACUUUAAAAUGUUGGACCCACUUUUUUAAGUGUCUACUAUGUACUUCAUUUAAUUUAAUCAUUUGAUACAAUGCAAAUAUUGUGUUUCUGUAGUUACAUCUACUGUAUGAUUACACUAUUGACCUUACUGCUUAACCCACCCGUAAACCUAACUAUACCACCAAACCCGUCCUGAACCUUAACUGUAUCCAGUGUCAAUAGCAGAAAAAGUGUUUUGCAAUACAACACGAAGUCAUGUAUUCAAAAGACACCUAAUAUAAAGU